ACAACGAGUAGCUACCCCACCUCCAGAGCGGCGCAGUGGCAUCGCCAUGCCGGAGCUCAGGCAUUUUUCAUUUAAUAGGUGGUUCUAAAUUCUACUAUUAAUACUCGUAGUUUUCUCAUGGAAGUUUAGCCAAGAAUCAUCCAUUAGUCAACCCGGGAGUAUAACUGAAUAUUAAAAUUUAAAAGAUAAUAUACUAUUUAUAAUCUAAUAUCUACACCAUGGCACAGUCGAAGGAAAAGGAAGCACAGGAUGAGGAACUCCCCGCAUAUGAAGAAUUCUCCGGUCCCUCGACUUUCACAGAGAUACCGGAAACGGGGCCGACAGCCGCAUCCCCUUUCAAUUUUCCUCCCGAUAGUGACCUACCACCAUACUCGGCUUUAGCAGCCAAUACUAGCGACAAGCGUCCGAUCGCAAUCCCCCAGAUCAAACCAGACCCCACCUCACCUUUCCUCGAAGCAUCCUCGCCAUCACUACUACGCCAUGGAAUCACACAGGAAACCUGGCUCGGAUUCAUCCGCACUCUAUCGGGCUUUCUAGCGGCGACCGUCUCGCAGAAAGCCAUCAGCCAUGCCGGCGACAUGGCGCAAUACGUCGGCGACGUGCCCAAGCGCUUCGGCAAGGACACGAUGGCGCACAUUAAAGCCUCGGGCCAAACCAUUAAGGAUACCGCCAAGUCGGGCAACGUCGUCGGCGCGGCAGUUCACGUCGUAGGCGCCACCAUCCGCAUCCCAGUUGCCACCGCUCUCCGGGCCGUCGGCGCCGCAGUCACACUUCCGUUCGCGGCUAUAAACGCCGCCAGCCGGGAGCCGAAGACGCCAAAGGAGCGCGCCAUCGCAUACACGGCCGCCGCGAACAUCAAGUGGUUGCACUGGCGCGGGCUCGACGCCCAUCUGCUAGACACGGCGGAACUAGGCCAGGUUCUCGGCCUGUCCGUCGACGAGUUACUGCAGACUUCACGCGGGGGUAAGGACGAAAGCGCGGAAGGACAGCUGGCUGCUCUGGGAGGACAUAUUGCGGAGCUCGACGUACGGGUUCCUAGCCCGCUUGAGCUGGGAGCUGGGACUUUUUGGUUGGUGGUUACGGAGAGGGGCGAGGAUCGGGAAGAUGCGAGUGAGAAGGAUAAGGGGAAGGGCAAGGAGAAGGAGAGGAAAGGGGAUAGGCGGUCUAAAGAGCAUACGUAGGUAGGUCGGUACUUAUAGAGAUUAUACUAGCGGCGUUAAUGGAUCUAUUGUGCAUCGAUAGAAAGGAAUUGCUUGGUGAGUAUGGUGGAUAUUUGAUGGCAACCUGAAAGCGAGUUGGGGACGGGAAGGCCCCUAUUACCUGUAGGUAGGUACCUAUGUAUGACGACGGGCUUAAAUAGAGAAAUACCCCAAGUUUAUUUAUCAUGCCUGAUCGUCUAAUGGCAAGGAUAAAUUCAAGACGUAAGAUAGUCAGAUACGAUUUAUG